AUGUUGUGUUGUGGAGGUGCAGAGGAGGAACCCAACGGUGGUCCUCCGGCCAAUCAAUUCUCAGCCCCACCCAAAUCCGGUAAUAACCCGUAUUCUGGUGGUGCCGGUGGAGGCAAUGAUAGAGGAGAGCCAAGGACAUCAGCUGCAAGAAAUGGACCACCCCAGAAAGUUUUGCCGAUCGAGAUACCUGCACUCUCGUUAGACGAUAUAAACAGACGAACGGGUAAUUUUGGGACCAAAGCCCUUAUUGGAGAAGGAUCUUACGGUCGUGUGUUUUACGCCAAGUUGAGCAGUGGCCAGGAAGCUGCCAUAAAGAAGCUCGAUACCAGUUCCUCACCCGAGCCAGACUCUGAUUUUACAGCCCAGUUAUCCGUGGUUUCAAGGCUUAAGAACGAACAUUUUGUGGGGUUGCUCGGCUACUGCCUCGAACAAAACAACCGAAUAUUAGCCUAUGAGUACGCCACAAAGGGUUCUUUGCACGAUGUCUUGCACGGUAUGAAAGGGGUGCAAGGGGCUGAACCGGGUCCCGUUCUUACAUGGAAUCAGAGAGUGAAGAUAGCAUAUGGAGCUGCGAAAGGGCUCGAGUUUCUGCACGAGAAAUGUCAGCCGUCGAUCGUUCACCGUGAUGUAAGAUCAAGCAAUGUGCUUCUGUUUGAUGAUUUCAUGGCUAAGAUAGCCGGUUUCAGCAUGACCAACCAGUCCUCGGAUACUGCUGCUCGUCUGCACUCGACUAGAGUGCUUGGAACAUUCGGAUACCAUGCUCCCGAGUAUGCAAUGACAGGGCAGAUAACUCAGAAAAGUGAUGUGUACAGCUUUGGAGUUGUUCUUUUAGAACUUCUGACAGGUCGAAAGCCGGUAGAUCAUACUAUGCCCAAAGGCCAACAGAGUCUUGUUACCUGGGCAACUCCAAGAUUGAGUGAAGAUAAAGUGAAGCAGUGUGUGGAUCCCAAGCUAAAUGAGGACUAUCCACUUAAGGCUAUUGCAAAGAUGGCAGCUGUUGCUGCACUUUGUGUGCAAUAUGAAGCAGAUUUCAGGCCAAAUAUGACCAUUGUGGUGAAGGCUUUGCAGCCACUUCUAAACUCCAAACCAGCUGGCCCUGAUUCACAUGCAUAA